AUGUCGGGCCGUGGAAAAGGAGGCAAAUUAAAAGGUGAUAAAGCUCGAUCGAGGUCUUCUCGAGCCGGGCUUCAGUUCCCUGUUGGGAGGCUACACAGGUUGCUUCGCAAAGGGAACUACGCUAAACGAAUAGGAGCCGGAGCCCCAGUUUACAUGGCUGCUGUGUUGGAAUACCUCGCCGCGGAGAUUCUCGAGCUUGCAGGAAAUGCUGCUCGGGAUAACAAGAAGAGUCGCAUCAUUCCACGUCACGUUCAGCUCGCGGUGCGUAAUGACGAAGAGCUGAAUAAGCUACUAUCGGGUGUGACAAUUAGCCAAGGGGGUGUGUUGCCUAAUAUUCAAGCUGUUCUCCUACCGAAGAAGACAAGCAGCAAAGCAAAAGGUUCCAGUCAAUCCCAGGAAUUCUAG